GCUCGGCCGAGAGCCGCCGCCAUGGCCGCCCCCGACCUGUCCGCCAACCUCCAGGAGGAGGCCACCUGCGCCAUCUGCCUCGACUACUUCACCGACCCGGUGAUGACCGACUGCGGCCACAACUUCUGCCGCGAGUGCAUCCGGCGCUGCUGGGGCCAGCCCGAGGGCCCGUACGCCUGCCCCGAGUGCCGCGAGCCGUCCCCGCAGCGCAACCUGCGGCCCAACCGCCCGCUGGCCAAGAUGGCCGAGCUGGCGCGGCGCCUGCACCCGCCGUCGCCGGUGCCGCAGGGCGUGUGCGCCGCGCACCGCGAGCCGCUGGCCGCCUUCUGCGGCGAGGACCUGCGCCUGCUGUGCGCCGCCUGCGAGCGCUCGGGGGAGCACUGGGCCCACCGCGUGCGCCCGCUGCCCGAGGCGGCCGACGAGCUCAAGGGGAGGCUGGAGAGGUCCGUGGAGCACCUGCGGAAGCAGAUGGAGGAUGCACUGCUCUUCCAAGCACAGGCCGAGGAAACGUGUGCCCUGUGGCAGAAGAUGGUGGAGAGCCAGCGGCAAAAUGUGCUCGACGAGUUCCAGCGGUUGCGCCGCUUGCUGGUGGAGGAGGAGCAGAAGCUGCUGCAGAAGCUGGAGGAGGAAGAGCUGGAAGUGUUGCCGAGACUGCGUGAGGGCGCGGCCAGGCUCGGGCAGCAGAGCUCCCAGUUGGCCACGCUCAUUGCCGAGCUUGAGGGCCGCUGCCAGCUGCCGGCAUUGGGGCUACUGCAGGACAUUAAGGAGGCCCUGCGCAGGGCCCAGGAUGUGAAGCUGCAGCCUCCGGAAGUGGUGCCCAUGGAGCUUAGGACCGUGUGCAGGGUCCCAGGCCUGGUGGAGACCCUGCAGAGAUUUCACGUGGAUGUGACUCUGGACCCAGACACGGCCAACCCGGAGCUGGUCCUGUGUGAGGACAGGCGGAGCGUGCAGAGAGGAGAGCAGCGGCAGGCCCUGCCCGACAGCCCUGAGCGUUUCGACCCGAGUCCCUGUGUGCUGGGCCAAGAGCGCUUCACCUCCGGCCGCCACUACUGGGAGGUGGAGGUCGGGGAUCGCAGCAGCUGGGCCCUGGGUGUCUGCCGAGAGAAUGUCAACCGGAAGGAGAAAGGGGAGCUGUCGGCUGCCUGUGGGUUCUGGAUCCUGGUGUUCCUUGGGAGCUAUUACACCUCCACAGAGCCUGCCUUCUCCCCUCUCCGGGAGCCUCCCAGACGUGUGGGCAUCUUUCUGGACUAUGAGGCUGGACACCUCUCGUUCUACAGUGUGACUGACGGGUCACUGCUGUUCAUCUUCCCCGAGACCCCCUUCUCCGGCCCCCUGCGACCCCUCUUCUCACCUCUGUCAAGCAGCGCAACCCCUAUGACCAUCUGCCGGCUAAAAGGUGGGCCUGGGGAUGCCCUAGCUCCCCAGUAACUCAAGAGAUUGUGGAGCCCCUUCCCCUCCUGGCCCCUUUGCCUGACUUCUGAGCCACACUAGGGCCCAAGGGCAGGGAGCAUGUCCAUGGGCCAUGAGGACACAGUCAGUGGAAGCCUGGGUUCUGGCUAAGGCUGUGCAGAUGGGGUUGGGCAGUGGACGCCUGGGUGCCAGGGUGCCAGUUCUGCGAACAGCCCUCACAGAGCUCUAAGCCCUAGGUACUAUUUCCUCUGGCUCAAAGGUCCAGGAAUAUCACAAGCCCUUCCAGCUCAGGCCCUCUGUCCUUGCAGCCACAGAUUGUGCCCUGGCCGCCCUGUGCCCCCCUCCCCCAAAGCCCCAGGAACCUUCCUGCCUCAGUGAGGAUGUUAGGCAGGUCAACAGCUCCACACCUACCAGCCUGUCUUAAACUUCAGCCCUGCUAAGCACCGGUGGCUCACACCUCAGGAGGCUGAGAUCUGGGAUCGGGGUUCAAAGCCAGCCCAGGCUGUAAGUUC